CGCCCACAACUUUCACACUGUUUGACGCACUUGGCUGGCGAGAGUGGACAGACUAAUAAGCCUCUUUUGCUACAUCAACUUUUCUUCUCAUGUUAGUCACGUGUGCUAGCGACAUGAGCCAUGUGCUUUUCUUCCUGCUUCUUUGCUGUCAGGCCGCUUGUGCUGCUCGCCACUCUCUGUGGCACGUGUACACAGUGAGCAGCGGCAUCCCGCGCCUCCCGAGCAUGAUGGCGGUGGUGCUGGUGGACGGCGUGGUGACAGAACACUACGACAGCAACACUCGCGCCGUGACGGCCAAGCGAGCCUGGAUGGACGCCGUCCUGGUCAGGGACCCCGACUACUGGAAGGAGCAGACGACCUUUUGGCAAAAACAGGAACACUUCGGGAACAUCAACAUGGAAAUUCUCAAAACAAGAUUCAACCAAUCCGACGGCGUUCACGUGUUCCAGGUGCUGCACGGCUGCGAGUACGACGACGAGGACCGAACCGGCGCCGUGUGGGGCUUCAACCGCCACAGUUACGACGCAGAGGAUACGUUGGUCCUGGACAUGGAGCGGCAGCGCUGGAUUUGGCUGCGGCCGCAGAUGGAGCCCACCGGACGCAAGUGGAACCUAAACGAGGGCUGGCUGGAGUUCAUGGAGCACCGCCUGCUCAAAGAGUGUCCUCGCCGACUCCGACAGACGCUGGAAUACGGCAAGGACGUCCUGCUGAGGAUACGGCGCCCCCGGGUGUCCCUGCUGCAGACGCACCCGUCGGCGAACAUCACGUGUCACGCCACCGGAUUCUACCCCGACAAAGUGGACAUGUAUUGGACGCUGGACGGUCAGCAGCUGCACCACCAUGUGGACCACGACCAGCUCCUCCCAAACCACGAUGGAAGCUUCCAGCUCAGCGUGCACCUGCGUGAGCCCGCCGAAGACUGGGGCCGCUACGCCUGCGUCUUCAAACUGGACGGCCUCGCUGAGGAAAUUGUCACUGUGCUGGACGCCACCCGGAUAAGGACUAACUACGUGAAACCGGCGAAGCACGACGUCACCGUCAUUGCCGCCGCCGUAUUUUGUGUCGCCGUCGCGGUGGGCGCAACGAGCGUCGGUAUUUACAUCUGCAGGAGGAGACGACACGACCACGGCGGCACGGCGGCACAAACGCAGCGAAGCUCUCCCGACUGCGUCUAUUUUGACGCCGACCGAAACGUCCGCUCCGGCGGUGACGGCGGACCCGUGGUCGUGACGUGACAACAGGUUUGUUGACGCUGCUGAGCUUCUUCGAACUCAUGGGCUGCCAUUGACGACAGUAGGCGAACCCUUCAAAAUAAGAGUGAGAUGACGAUAACAGAAUAAUAACGAAUUCUAAGCUGUCAUUCAACAAGCUAACGGAGUGGCGGGGCACGACAUGUUUUCCAAUCACAUUUUUUCUGUAGAAAACCAACAUUGUAGUGCUUGACCAAUCACUCGAUUUCGGUAAAAUUCAUUUUGCUGGAAUUUUUUUUCUUCGUGUUUUAAAGUAUUGCAACAUAAAACAAAUCGUGAUGUCGAAACAACCUGGAUAGCAAAAUACAACUGGAGCGGCCAUGAACCAGAUAUACUGCAAAUUUCUGCCCAUUUCGUAAAACAGAUCCUCCCCUCAGUCUUUUUGAACAAUGGCCCAAACUCAGAAGGGAUUCACUUGCCGGAUCAGCAACCAUUUUACGGCCGGAACUGGUCAAAAGUAGCAGACAAUACUUUAAUGUACUGUAUAUGGCACACGUUAUCUAAUCUGGGCCAGAUUUGUAUCAAAACUGUUUUCAGUAUUAAAUUUGGGGUCCAAUGUACCAUAUUGUAAUAUGUAAUAUUGCUAAUUAAAUCUCUGUAUUAAAAGCAAUAACGACAACACUUCUUUUUAAUGCCAUUUAUUUACAGUUCCCUCAUCUCUCAAAACUGCUUCCAUCACGCCCAUUUUUAAGAAACCCAGCUGGGAUCUUACCAAUUUCAAUACCCUCUGUCCAGGGGUUAAUUUGUGCCGGAUCCUGCUGGAACAAGCUCCGGCACCACUUGAUUUGGUCUCCCUGUGUUCCGGGACUUAUUGGUGCAGAACUGGCAUGUCUCGUGUAUAGAAAAUAAUAAUAAUAUGAAAUAUAGGAAAAAAAAAAAAAAACAGUGGACUGCCGCCACAUUCAACUGCUUACUUUAGCUUCUUGCCCGUCUCCCCCUCGCUUCCUACUACCUCACAGCUCUCCAUUCCUAGCGUCUUUUAAAGGGACCGUGCAUAGUUAAAAUAAAUAAUAUGCAUAAAUUCAUUUACAGAACAAAUCCCAAAAAUUGCAUGUUGUUAAUAAAAAUUUAAUGUCAUUUGAAAGAGUUAGAGAUUUGUUCAUGCACUGAAAAGAUGGACCAACAAAUCACGCCCCUGACAUAAAACAAAAAGAAAAAACAAAAAAACUUUGGAAAUUUGCGGCAUCUGGGUAGCAAGCAAGCAGCCAGGAUCGAACAGUAUUUCAACGUACCAAAAAGACAGUUGCAUUUACUGUCUUUUUUUCAAAAAGAAGGAAGAUGGUUCAAAACGAGUCAGAAAAGCACCAACGGGCGAUGAGGGCAGCUGCAGUGAUCAUGCUAACGGAGGAGGCAUGCUAACAGCAGGAGACUAGUACGACAGCAACUAGCCAGGUUCAUGGACAGCCAGCCAAGCCGGAGCAGGAGGCUGCUACCGUGGCAGCAGCUGGUCAGGUUCCAGCAGUCAGCCAGGUGAACCACCAACAGCCGGAGUAACAGGCCAGUACCCUUAUGGGAAAUUCGGGUAUGGGCUGCACAAUUUGUAAGGCGGUGGGAACUAGAGUUCCAAAAAAUCGAUUAUUACAUGCAUCGCGAUUUGACACGUGAUGAUUCGAUUACGAUUCAUAAAGGUUAAAAAAAGAUGAUUUUCCCUCUUAACUUUAUGAUAGCCAAUCGUAGCGGACCGAAAUUCUAAGAUUGAAGAAUUCAAAGACUGGAAAAUAAAUUUGUGUAUGAGACAGGCAGGAAAAGAAACGCGCGACCUGCUUCUGUGCGACCGCACAGUUAUUUUGUAGAGCGAGAGGGGAAGAGAGACUCAUUGUCUUUCAGAUGUCCAGCUGUAGUUUCAAGUCAACUGAAAAAUGUCCUGAGUGUGUUGCAAAGACCCAUGUGCGUUUAUAAGAGGUGAGUACAGGAACCCUCUUGUACUGGGACGUUCUUGUACUGGGAUGUUCUUAUUGUUGUUUUUGAGAUGUUAAUAGUUAGCGCCGAGCGUUUAGCUAAUUUGCUAAUGUGUAUUUAUUUCAUAUGCAGAACGUGUAAAACCAUGAUUAAGUACAGUGGUAACACUACAAACAUGCGAAAUAAUACAGAAAUCUGUGAAAACAAAGUAUAUUGAGUAAAAGAAGUCUUAUUUCUAAAGACACUUUGUUUCCAGAAAGUUUGGAAUUCAUUCCACCUGUGUAAAUUUUAUUGUAUUGGUGAGAGAAAUAAGUACUCCCUUUAAAAUGGUUAAUGUUUUUGCACUUUCUUGUAAAAAUAAAUAAAUUAAAAAGCAGCUUAAGGGCAGCAUUUUGUUGUAUGGGCAUGUUUCCAUCGUUCCUGUUGAAUGAAGGAUGUUUUAAAUAAAUAAUGGACAAAAAUUUGUUUGUCUACUUUAUUACCGCAUUGGCCCGAAUAGAAGACGGUGUUUUUUGCUUUGAAAUAAGACUGAAAAAGAGGGGGUCGUCUUAUAUUCGCAGUCUAGACAUCAUACCUAUUCACGACGCUAGAUGGCGCCAGAUAUCAUUGAAGCGAUGUUCUGUCAUUACAGAUCUCAGCUA